AUGAUUUCAACUCCUCUUAUUAGAUCCAAAAUCCUAAGCCAAUCUUCUAGCUUGCCCUCAAGAUCACACCCUCUAAUCCCUCUAUUCGACGAGCAUUUGCACGUGCUAAAAUCCGAACACGACUCGACCUCUUUACGUUCGAUCACCCAAAAGCUUCACGACCUCGAAAAAUUACAUAAUCACGUGCACGAUUUACUCCUUUUGCCCCACACUCGCCAAGUUUUCGCCCGAGAGCGCAACGAAAAAUGGGUCGAUGAAAUCUUGGAAGGAUAUCUUCGCCUCGUGGACUUCUGUUCCGUGGCUAAAGAUUUCUUGUCCCAUUCGAAAGAACAAAUUUCAAACUUUCUUUUCAUCCUCCGUCGCAAAAAACUCGACUCAGAAUAUGAUUUUUCCGAGUUCCUCUCGUCGAGAAAAUCGAUCAAAAAGAGGAUUCGAAAGUCGUUGAGAUCAUAUAUUAUUGGUAGCUUCAAGAACAAGCAAUCUUUUUCGACACUACUCGACAAGGAUGAUCAAGAAACAAUUUCCAUCAUAAGCAUGCUUAAAGAGACCGAGUAUUUGACGGUCGAUUUGUUCGAGGAGCUUUUGUCGAGCGUGGCUGGCGUGCGGCCGAGUGGCCGGUGGGCCCUUGUCGCCAGCUGGCUCAUAAAAUCGAGGAAAAAAUCGGGUGGGCGUUCAAAAAGCGCGAGUCUUGAAUUCGGAGAUUUGGAUGCUUCAUUGAGUAAAUUUGUUAGUAAAUGCGAGAUGGGCUCGAAAAUCGAGGACUUGAAGCAGCAGUUGAGGGAGAUGGAGUUAGUUAUUGCAGUUGUUGAGGAAAGAUUGGAGUGUAUGUUCAAACGUUUGAUUAAAUCAAGAGUUUCACUGCUUAAUAUGCAGAGCCAGUAUACCUCUAACCACACCCGAUCCCUUAGCUUGCCUUCGAAAUCGGACCCCGUUUUCUCACAAUUCGAAGAAACCCUAUCGAACGUGCGAAAUUCCGAGUCCUCGUGUUCAUCACUUCUGUCGAUGAACAAUAGUCUUGUCGGCCUCAAACACUUAUAUUCCAAAAUCGACGACUUGCUUCAAUCGCCACACGUACAACAAUUAAUCUCCCGAGAAUCGCACAUGAAAUUUGCCGACCGAGUAUUGGAUGGCCACAUCGUCCUUUUGGACGCUUGCACGACAGCGAAAGAUCAUGUAUCGCUCGCGAAGCAGAGUGUACAACAGCUACUUUCCGCCGUGAGACGGAAAGACGCGGAUAGCGUCCAUUUCUAUCUCAACUCAAGAAGAAAGUCGAAGAAAAUGAUCCGCAAGUCAUUGAAACAAUCGAGAAUUUUUGUGUCACGGGAGAAAGACGGUGAGACGAUGAAUGAUCUGGCGUAUAUGCUUAAAGAGGCUGAGCUAACCGGUGUUAAAAUGCUCGAGUCCUUGUUGUCGUAUUUGAUGGGGACUAAUAAUAAAGUGCAAACGAGAUGGGCAUUGGUCUCGAAGUUGAUGAGUACCAAGAAAAACGAGUCGUGUCAAAAUGAGUUUGAAAAAAUCGACGUUUUUUUGCAGUCGAGCAGUCUAGGAGAUUUACGGGUUGAUGAGGAGAUUAUCAUUAUGAGUGAGUUGAAACGAACGGACUCGAGCAUCCAAAAUCUCGAAGAAGAGCUCGAUUGCUUAUUUAGGCAAUUGAUUAAAACUAGACAAAUCACCAUGAAAUCCAUAAUCAUAAGCCAAACGCGUUCUUCUAGCAUGCCUUCGAGACCUUACCCUCUACUCCCCGAAUUCGAACACCAUUUACAAGCACUAAAAUCCGAUAACUUCCCCACCUCUUCUUCAUCUUUGUCCUCAAUCUCCGAAAAAAUGAACAAUCUUGAACAAAUACACGAUUUUAUCGACAAUUUACUUAUUCUCCCACAUACCCACCAAAUUUUCACCCGAGAAAGGCACGAAAAAUGGGUCGAACAAAUCAUGGACGGAUAUCUCGGCCUAGUGGACGCUUGUGCCACAGCUAAAGAUUUCAUCUUCCAAUCCAAAGAUUACAUUUCGAACCUCCUUUCAGUCCUCAGGCGAAAGCGCGGCUCGGUAGAUCUUUCCGAGUUCAUCUCCUCAAGAAAGACGAUCAAGAAGCAAAUACAAAAAUCGUUGAGAAAUAUCGGUAGAUAUAAAAAGAACUCCCCUGUUUUAAAAACAGGGGACAAAGAUCAAGAAACAAUUGCAAUCAUCAGCAUGUUGAAGGAAGUCGAGUCGAUAACUUUAGAGUUGAUUGAGGCACUUUUGUCGAGCAUUUCUGGUUCGAAAGACAGUAAAUGGUCCCUAGUUUCGAAGCUUAUGGGGUCGAGAAAAGUCUCGUGCCACGAGCAUAAGAGUUCGAUGCUCGGGUUUGAAGAUUUGGAUGCUUCUUUGAGUAAAUUUGUUAGUAAAUGCGAGACGGGCUCGAAAAUCGAGGAGUUGAAGCAACAGUUGAGGGAGAUGGAGUUAGUUAUUAGAGUGAUAGAGGAAAGACUGGAGAGAUUGUUCAAACGUUUGAUUAAGUCAAGAGUUUCACUGCUCAACAUGCAGAGCCACAUGCCUUCGAGACCUUAUUACCCUAUAAUCCCCGAAUUCAAACUCCAUUUGCAAAAAAUGAAAUCCGAUCAUUUCCCCACCUCUUCUUCUUCAUCUCUAUCCUCAAUCGCCGAAAAAAUGAACAAUCUCGAACAAAUACACGAUUUUAUUGACAACUUACUUAUUCUCCCACAUACCCACCAAAUUUUCACCCGAGAAAGGCACGAAAAAUGGGUCGAACAAAUCUUGGACGGAUAUCUGGGCCUAGUGGACGCUUGUGCCACCGCUAAAGAUUUCAUCACCCAAUCGAAAGAACACAUUUCAAACCUCCUUUCAGUCCUCAGACGAAAGCGCGGCUCGGAAGAUCUUUCCGAGUUCAUCUCCUCAAGAAAGAUGAUCAAGAAGCAAAUACAAAAAUCGUUGAGAAAAAUCGGGAGCUAUAAAAAGAACUCCUCUGGUUUAAAAACAGGGGAGAAAGAUCAAGAAACAAUUGCAAUCAUCGGUAUGUUGAAGGAGGCCGAGUCGGUUACUUUAGAAUUGAUCGAGGCACUGUUGUCGAGCAUUUCUCGUUCGAAAGACGGUUCGAAGCUAAGUAAAUGGUCUCUAGUUUCGAACAUUAUGGGAUCGAGAAAAGUUUCGUGCCACGAGCACGAGCACAAGAGCUCGAUGCUCGAGUUUGGAGAUUUGGAUGCUUUGUCGAGUAAAUUUGUUAGUAAAUGCGAGACGGGCUCGAAAAUCGAGGAUUUGCAGCGACAGUUGAGGAAGAUGGAGUUGGUUAUUACAGUUAUUGAAGAAAGAUUGGAGUGUUUGUUCAAACGUUUGAUUAAGUCGAGAGUUUCACUUCUUAACAUGCAGAGCCAGCUAACUAUUCGACUAUGUCGACAAUUUACUCCUUUCGCCACAUACCUAUCUAGUUUUUUCCCCAAAAAGCCAGGAAAAAUAGUUCGGCGAAAUCUCGGAGGGAUAUCUCGAGCUAGUGAACAUUUGUGCCACGACGAAAGAUUUCAUCGCGCAUUCAAAAGAAAGCAUUCUAAACAUUCUUUCCAUCCUCCGACAAAAACAAGCCCCGGACGAACUUUCCGAGCUCAUCUCCUCAUGAAAAAUCGGAAAAAAGAAUAUAAGAAAGUCGUUGAGAAAUAUUCGUGCUUUGAAGAAAAAAUUCUCGGCAAUUAUGAUAAAGAAACCAUUGCCAUUGUUCGAAUGUUGAAGGAAGUCAAGCUGAUGAAGAUUGAUUUGAUGGAGGAUUUGUCGUUAAGGUCAUUGGAGGCUAAAGAGUUGGUUUUUCUUAGUCACGAAAAGAGUUUCGUGCCGACAUCACAAAAAUGCACGGAAUUAUUCGGAUUUGGAGAUUUGGAUUCGGCAUUGCGUAAAUUUGUUCAUCCGAGGACGUCGAAGUCAUGUGAAACAGGCUUGCGAGUUGACGAGCAUCAAAUGCAGUCGAGAGAUAUCAAUUUGAGAGAUAUCGAUGCAAUCAUUCGAGUUGUUGAAGAAAGAUUAGAGUGUUUGUUUAAGCGUUUGAUUCAAUCAAGAGUUUGUUUACUCAACAUGAAUAGCCAUUUCACGAUGAAGUCGAUAAUUCUAAGCCAUAUGCGUUCUUCUAGCAUGCCUUCAAGACCUUAUUACCCUCUAAUCCCCGAAUUCAAACUCCAUUUGCAAAAGAUAAAAUCCGAUAAUUUUCCCACCUCUUCUUCUUCAUCUCUAUCCUCAAUCGCCGAAAAAAUGAAAGAUCUCGAGCAAAUCCACGAUUUGAUCGACAACUUACUUAUUCUCCCACAUACCCACCAAAUUUUCACCCGAGAAAGCCACGAAAAAUGGGUCGAACAAAUCUUGGACGGAUAUCUGGGCCUAGUGGACGCUUGUGCCACCGCUAAAGAUUUCAUCUCCCAAUCCAAAGAUUACAUUUCGAACCUCCUUUCAGUCCUAAGGCGAAAGCGUGGCUCUGAAAAUCUUUCCGAGUUCAUCUCCUCAAGAAAGACGAUCAAGAAACAAAUACAAAAAUCGUUGAGAAAACUCGGGAGCUAUAAAAAUAGCCCCUCUGUUUUAGAAACAGGGGACAAAGAUCAAGAAACAAUUGCAAUCAUCGGCAUGUUGAAGGAGGCCGAAUCGAUUACUCUAGAGUUGAUCGAGACACUUUUGUCGAGCAUUUCUCGUUCGAAAGACGGUUCGAGGCUAAGUAAUUGGUCCCUAGUUUCGAAGCUUGUGGGGUCGAGAAAAGUUUCGUGCCACGAGCAUAAGAGUUCGAUGCUCGGGUUUGAAGAUUUGGAUGCUUCGUUGAGUAAAAUUUUUAGUAAAUGCGAGACGGGCUCGAAAAUCGAGGAGUUGAAGCAACAGUUGAGGGAGAUGGAUUUGGUUAUUGCAGUGAUUGAGGAAAGAUUUGAGAGUUUGUUCAAACGUUUGAUUAAGUCGAGAGUUUCACUGCUUAACAUGCAGAGCCAGUUGUAG